AUGGCAGAAUCUAAUAUUGUCCUGAUAACUGCCGGACCUUACCAAUUCCUAGCCACAUUCGAAGCAUCCGCACCGAAGACUGUCGAAGCCUUCCGCUCCUUGUUACCCUACAGACAAAAAAUCAUCCAUGUACGAUGGAGUGGAGAAGCAAUGUGGAUUCCACUAGGCGAGACUGAUUUUGGUGUCCCUUUUGAGAACCAUACAGCACACCCAGCUGCAGGUCAGAUUCUUUUGUAUCCUGGCGGAUUUUCCGAAACCGAAAUUUUGUUUUGUUAUGGGGGAGUCUCUUUUGCGAGCAAGAUGGGUCCAUUGGCGGCAAAUCAUUUCUUAACUAUUGUUGGGGGAAAGGAGAACCUGCGAGCUUUGGGAGAACUGGUCUUGUGGAAAGGAGCCCAGGAUGUUGUAUUUGAGUUGGCUGAUGAUGCCAAGUAA